AAAAUCGAUUUCGUCAAAAUGUGAGGUUAUGCUACUGUGAAAAUCUUGUCAAAAUAUUGAAAAUAUUCAUGUUUCUUUAAAUUUGAACAAAUUUUACAGAUAAUUUUUUAAGCGAAGAUUUAAAAUGAGUUUAGAAUCCAUACCAAGAGACCUGAGAGGUCUAAGAGCUUGUUUAGUAUGCUCUCUUAUAAAAAGUUUUGACCAAUUCGAAAAGGAGGGAUGCGAAAACUGUGAAGAAUUCUUGAGAAUGAAAAACAGCCACGAUAAUGUUUAUGAUUGUACUAGCAAUAAUUUUGAUGGAAUGAUCUCUGUAAUGUGUCCAGAUGAUAGCUGGGUGGCUAAAUGGCAAAGAAUUAGUCGCUUAAGCCGAGGUGUUUAUGCCAUUUCUGUGUCUGGUACCUUACCCAAGAGUAUAAUAAAGGAUUUGAAAAGUAGAGGCAUUAAUUAUAAGAGUAGAGAUACAAGUCAAAGAUAAGGGACAUAGUAAUUACUUUAGAAUGCAGUUCCAGCAAAUACAAAAUUAAGAAAAAAAAUGAUUAUAUCCGUAUCUGAUGUAUUUACAAGUGAUGUAGUUUUAAGUUUAAAAUUGGUGAUGAUCUUCAUUUUAUAUUUUAUUACAUAAACAUUGUGUAUGUAAUCUAUUUUAAUAUAACCAUUAUAUCAAUUA